AAUCCAGCUGCAGCGUGUUGUUUUGAUGAAGUGGUCACGCGGAUCAGCUCCAUCUCACCAUCUGUCUCUCUGCGCCAGUGUUCCAGGUUCAUUGAUAGUGAAGUUUGUCACACUUCAUGACAGUGAUUGUGCUGCUGGUGGCUUCAUAGGCUCUGCUGUCAUGGAGGAAUUUUGACAAACCCUCACCAGCUGACAGACGUGACAUGGGAUGCGGAGUCACGAAAUCAACCCAACUGCAGCUGAAACCAUGCAAUCGAGGGAACAUCUCAGUUCCAGCGGCUACAGCGAUGCGGGCGGCGCUGCUCAUCCAGCGCUGGUAUCGUCAGUAUGUGGCGCAGCUGGAGAUGAGACGCCGCUGCACCUGGAACAUCUUUCAGUCUAUAGAGUAUUCUGGACAACAGGAUCAUAUCAAGCUGUAUAAUUUCUUCGGUUACCUGAUGGAUCAUUUCAGUUCUGCCAACAGCCAAAGGAAUCUCGUAUCUCAUAUGUUUGGCGAGAGUGACGUGUUUCAGGACAUGGAGUGGGAGAGACACGUCUGUUACAAGGAGAUUGAGGUUCUGGACAUCUACACCGGCCCGCAUCUCUCCUUCCCACUGACCAUCUCCAAUGUCACAGAGCUGGUGCACGCCUUCAAAAACAAACAAAAGCUUCACGCGCGGUACGUGCUGCAGCUGCUGGGUAAGACGUGGACGCUCCUGCGCUUGAUGCCCAACAUCAGUCACGUGUGCACCUGCAAACACAAAGAGAUCACCAUCUGUGGAGACUUACACGGCCAUCUUGAGGAUCUGCUCUUGAUCUUUUACAAAAAUGGUUUUCCCUCAGCGGAGACGCCAUAUGUCUUCAACGGUGAUUUCGUGGACAGAGGGAAAGAGUCCAUAGAGAUCCUGUUGGUUCUGUUCGCGUUCCUGUUGCUGUAUCCGCAUGACGUGCAUCUGAACAGAGGAAACCAUGAGGACCACAUUGUUAAUCUGAGGUAUGGCUUCACUAAGGAAGUUCUGGGGAAAUAUCAGGUUCAUGGGAAAAUGAUUCUUAAACUUCUGCAGAAGAUCUUCAGCUGGUUGCCGCUGGCCACAGUGAUCGACCAGAAAGUUCUGAUUCUACACGGAGGAAUUUCUGACAAGACAGACUUGAAUGUGAUCGCCAAACUGGACCGUCACCGAUUCGCUUCGGCUCUCAGGCCCCUGAAGAGUAGUGGAGCAUCGGCGAGGCUGAAGGAAGCGGCUCUCGACCCAGACGGAGAUGACGAGCUCAGCACGGGACGGAGGAGAGUUCAGUCUCUGACUCACGGCACACCGCUGCGACUCAGACAGGAGCUGCCGCGGCAUUCGGUGCACUCCGAGUCCAGCCGGACGAGUCGCUCCGUCGAGGAAGAGCUGCGAGAGAGACGCCGCCUGGCCGGCCUCAGUCUGUCGUCCGACUCAGAUCCUGCUGAGGUUCUGGAGACAGACACUAAUGAAUGGAAACAGAUAGUGGACGUUCUGUGGAGUGACCCGAUGUCUCAGAACGGUUGUGUCCCUAACGAGGUUCGAGGAGGCGGGUGUUACUGGGGGCCGGACGUCACACACAAAGUGCUGGACACACACAAACUGCAGCUGCUCAUCAGAUCUCAUGAGUGCAAGCAGGAAGGUUAUGAAUUCUGCCACAAUGGCAGGGUUUUGACGAUAUUUUCAGCCUCUAAUUACUAUGACGUUGGCAGUAACAGAGGUGCUUACAUUCGUUUGGGUCCCGACCUCAUUCCUCACUUCAAACAGUUUCAGUCCAGCAGAUCGACACGAGAGCUCACACUCAGACAGAGUGUGGGACGAACAGAACUUUCUGCAUUGCAGGCUCUGAGGAUGCAGCUGUUUGCACACAAAUCUGACCUGAUCCAUGAGUUUCAGGAAUACGACCCACAGUGCACAGGUGUGAUCUCUGUGAAGCACUGGGCUGCAGCUGUGGAGAAGGCUCUGCGUCUGGCUCUGCCCUGGAGGGUCCUGAGGUCUCAGCUGGUGACCGACAGCGCUCAGGACGGGACGCUCAACUAUCAGCACUGGGUCAACCAGCUCUCCGUCAUGCAGCCCAACACCGAGAUUACGAACACGAGCCUCCUGGAGACCCUCUACAAACAUCAUUCAAACCUGGAGAGCAUCUUCAGAAUGAUCGACACGGACCACUCAGGUCUGAUCUCGUUCAAGGAGUUUCGUCAGACGUGGAAGCUGCUGAGCUCUCACCUGCAGAUGGACAUCAGUGAUAAAGCCAUCUCAGAUCUGGCCGAGAGCAUCGACUUCAACAAGGACGGCAGCAUCGACAUCAACGAGUUCAUGGAGGCCUUUCGCCUGGUGGAGCAUUCUAGAGCCGAGACGGACGCGCCGGCGUCGCCCGAGUGAGGACAACACAAACAACACACCGCUUUCUGUGUCGCUCCUCCAAACCUCAAGAGCAGCUGCUGUACACA